GGUGCCUGUGUGGAGGAACAUGAAAUGCUUCUGUAGGACCACCAGUGCUCAAAGCGCCCGCAAACCUUUGCGCACUGGCAAUACUUUUUCAUUUCUCUCUGGGAAAUACGUCUGCAGCAUAGUCUCCUAAUCAUCCCAUGUAGAAGAAUGACAGGUGAGAAACUGUUACUACCAAUGAUACUAAUGUCUGCAAUGAUGAGUUUAUUACCAAUGCAGACAUCAUAUGGACAACACUUGCCAGAGGAGUCUUGCACUGUUCAGAUCCUUGUCCCUGGACUCAAAGGAGAACCAGGAGAUAAAGGGCAAAAAGGAGCACCUGGGAGACCGGGAAGAGUUGGCCCUCCGGGGGAGAUCGGCCCACCUGGGGUUAAAGGACACAAAGGCAUUAUGGGACGUUAUGGGAAAGUUGGCCCAAGUGGAAUGAAAGGGUCCAAGGGAGAUCCAGGUGACCCCGGUCCAAGGGGCCCUAACGGAGAGCCAGGUGUUCCCUGUGAGUGUACACCAAUGAGGAAGAUGAUUGGUGAAAUGGACAUUCUUGUGACUCAGCUCUCCUCAGAACUGAAAUUCAUUAAAAAUGCACUGCCCUCCCCUGCAGCUGUUGCUGGCAUAAAAGAGACCGAUAGUAAGGUCUAUCUGUUGGUGAAGGAGGAGAAGCGCUACACCGAGGCUGAGGUCUACUGUCAGACGAGGGGAGGGCACCUGGCCAUGCCGAAGGACGAGGGAGCCAACGCGGCCAUUGCGGCGUACAUAACCGAAGCUGGCCUGAGCAGAGUUUACAUUGGCAUUCAUGACCUCGACGGAGAAGGCGUUUUCACCUACGUGGAUCGCUCUCCCAUGACCACUUUCAGCAAAUGGAGAAAAGGAGAGCCCAACAACGCCUAUGAUGAUGAGGACUGCGCUGAGAUGGUGGCCUCUGGGGAGUGGACUGAUGUGGCGUGCCAUCCCACCAUGUAUUUUGUUUGUGAAUUUGACAAGGACAGUAUCUGAGUCCAGUCUAUGUUAAACAGACUGCAGAAUGGACAAAUAUAAUGGAGCAAAAAUUGUACUUGUAUUGUUUGAGCUGUAUCUUCUAGCUGUAAAUAUGAUGACAAAAGGAUAUACAAAUUGUGCAAACUAGUAUACUUUCUACUUUCUUUUUUGCUUAUGAGCUCAUAAGCUAUUUAUUUUCUGAACAUACAAAACAUCCUGAUUUUUGUAGGACUUUUUUUUACAUCCUUUUCUCAUACUCUGAGAUUGAUUAGUGUUUCCAAAGGCACACCAGGAAGUGUAGUGAGUUUUUAUGUUAUUCAGACAUCCACUAAGCAAUAUUUGUAGACGCACCAUUGACAAACAGCGCAAAUAAGCAAAUAGAGAGAGCUGUGGAUUGUGUAGAAAAAUAUACAAUUAAAAGACAGAUUCUGGUUCCAGUUGAGUGCAUUUAAUCAGAGGAACAGAAUACAGCAAGCCUUCCACAUUUAUAUUCAUAUAAUAAAUAGUGUGCUGGUCGCUGUACAAUAAACAU